GAGUAGACAGGCAAGGCAGUGAGGCCGAAGGCAAGAGAGUAGAGUCAGGGUAGCCCAGAGGGAGGUGCAGAGGGAGGUGGGGAUGGGAGGCAGAGACCAUACACAGGCCAUGGUAAAGAGCCAGGGCUUUGGAGCCUGGAAGACCCACAUUGAAAACCUCGCUUUGCCCUGUCUUAGAUGUAUGAUCUUGAGUGAAUCAUUUCACUUCCCACAGGCUCCGUUUCCUCAUCUAUAAAAUGGGGGUGAAAGCAACUACCUCAGGGGUUGUUGGGAAGAUUAAAAGAUACAAUAUAUGUAUAUUAAGCCCUCAGACCAGUGCCAGGCACAGAGGAAGUCGGCAAUGAAGGGAAACUCUCAUGAUUAGCAAUUGCCAUGAGUGCCAAGGACUGCCACACCACCUGAGAAUAUUCAUGCUUGGCCAAGUCAAACCUUCACCGGUGGUGUUUCAUGUGGAGGGUGGGGAAAGGGGGACCAAGAGUCCUGCUCUGGCAAGAAGGGAGGAAGUCAUAUAACUUUUAAAUCCAACCAUUAGAAGAUAUAUGCCAAGAGCACUUUGAAAGCAGAACACCUAUUAAAAAUAGCACACCUAUUUAAACAGCUACUUCACAUUCAUCACGGUGAAUACACUUUUCUUUUUGGAGGGUAGGUCUGGGGUGUCAGCUACUUUGCUCCACCAGCUGAGACCAUAGAUGAGAAAGUGCUUUAAAAUCUUGCAAGGCCAAGUCAAGUUUCAGAAUCUGGCUUGGGAGGAAAGGAUUCCAUUACAAUUAGUCCCAAGAAAUGUACAUAUUCUGGGUACUUUCCAGGCUCCUCCCCUAAAAAUGUAUACCUGAUCUCCAACCCCAGUUGUUUGUCAUUUUCUAUGACCUAAGCUCCAACUUUGGGGAGUGUGUGUGUGUGUGUGCGCGCGCACGUGUGUAGGAGCUGAGGAGAGGUAUGCAGACAGGGGUCCUUUCUACAGAUCCAAGUCAGGGCUGGGCAUAAAGGGCAUGAGAAGGGGACUGUCAUUUCUCUUAGGCAAAGCCAUUUUCCAUCCAGAAAAAUCCCUGGAGUGCCCACUGACCACUUGCAAGCUUUAGACCAACUCAUAACAUUUUCCUGUCUGAUUCUAGCACAAAUGAAAAGUAUGUGUUGGGAUGGGUAGCUUGUGGGAGAACAGUACAUUACUUUACUAACUAUCCAAAACUGUAAAUCCCAGCAUGUUGGCGAUAGACUGAGAGCCCAGCCAGCCAACGAGCUCCUUGUUUGUGCACAAGGCAGGCCGCUGGAGGUGCACCUUGCCCAGGGUCAGCGAAUUCCGGGCUGACAGGCAGCACACCGACAGCAGCCAGACCCUACGGUCUCCUGGCCUCCAAUUCAGGGUUACUGUCAAUGCAUUAAUUUACACUUAGAGGGAAAGAUACUGAAGGAAAUAAAGAGGUUCUUUGUUUUGGAAGGAAAAUUAGGAGAACCAGUAAUUACUUGACCCCAGGAAAUAUUAGGCCAGUACGUCCUGGCAUUGCCUUUUCCUCUCCUCUGAAAUCUUCCCCCUUUUCAUGAAAUAUGGACGCUUGGGAGAGUAGGUGGUGGAAGCCUGGACCGCAGAGAUGGAGGUGAGAACCAGCAACAGGGAGAAAGUUUGUCUUAGGUCAGAGUGGGAGGGCAGGGAGAAAGAGGGAAGCCUGGGAGGGGGCAGAGUGUGUGAAUGGGAGAGCAAAAGGUUCGAUAGAAGUCAAGAGAAGAGCAAGGAAUGGUAGAAAGACACAGUCAGAAACGGGCAGAGAGACGAGAAGUGUAAAGAGAGAGAGAGAAAAAAAAAAAAAAAACAUGAGAAAGGAGAGACAAAAAGGGGCACAGAGAGAGGAAGCGUCCAAGCAGGACCACAAGUCAAGGGGAGAGCCCGAGAGCGGCAGCGUGUGGAGAAGGAACCAGAGAGGGAGCGCCGCUUCUCGCUCCUGGCUUGGAGCUGGAGCCGGGGCAGGCAGGAGCGAAGGAAGGGCGCCGGAGGCUGCGCCCGGCGGGUGGAGGUGGAGCGGGUGGGCUAAGGUGGGUGCGGAAGCAGUACCCAAACCAUCGUCCCAUGGGACUGGAAUACCCAGGGCCUUCUUGGAUCAUUCAACCAGCAGAUGAAGAAAAAGAGGGAGAAUGGAGAAUUAUAUGUUGGAGAAUUUUAUGGAUCUUACUGGUCAUGGUGUCCACUUAUGGUGAAUGAGAUGCCAGAGGACAGACGCUGAAGUGCAGUUGGGGUGAUCUUGUCUCAUUGUAACUUUUGCCUCCGGGGUCAAGCGAUUCUUCUCCCUCAGCCUCCUGAGUAGCUGGGACCACAGUUUGGUAAAGUCUGGGGACAUAUGGAGUUAACCACACCCCUAACUAUGCUGGAAAGAGUCAAAUAUUAUCUGCACCUACUACAGAAUUAAGGUAACUUACCAAUUUUAUGCCAAAAUUAAAAAUUGCUAAGAGUUACCACUAUAACAUGUAAUUGAGUCUAUUGAAAAUAGGUUUACCUUCAAGGUGUGUGAGGAAAGUAAAUUUUUUUUGGUAAAAGAUUAUAUGAAGGCAUAGGAAUGUAAAUUUCUGUCUGUUUAGAGAGUUAAAGAAUUGUUUGAAAUUAGAUAAGAUAAAAUGAAAGGUUUGAACAAGUUUUGGAAGUUUUGCAAAAAUUAAUCUUUUAACAAAAUUUUUUGUGUGAACAUAUUUACUUAUUCAAGAGGAUAUUAUUAGCUUUUUCUGUGUGUUGAACAUCAGAAUAAAAGCAAAACAGAGUUUUCUUAAGGCAAUGAUUUGCUCUUUAACAAAAGUUUGUAAUGGGUUAUAAAAGGUUUAUGGGAAUCUCAUCUCAUGGUCAAAUUGGUUAAGAUUAGAUAGAUUUGUCCAUAAGUUUUUAUUUAAAAAUUGGGGUUGACAUUAAUAAUAGACUAAUGCAAUGGUGAAAUUUGGCUCUGUUUCUCUGGAACAAGAUUUUCAUGUGUUAAAGAAUAAUAAAAGAUUUUUGUUUGCUUUGUAAAUAAACUACCAAAAAAAGAAGGGAAGGACAAGAGACAGAUUGUUUGGAAAGCUAAGUCUUCCCUCUUAAUGAGAAAAGGUUUUUGCCUUCUUUUUACAGUUUUGAGUCAUUAUUUUGGGUAAAUAAAUGACUUAAGGUAACAUGAAAUUCUUUUCAAAAUAUGAAAUGUUUUAAAUCUUUAAUAUAUAUUUGAUAGGCUUUCCAAAAUUAAAUUUCAGCUUCAGAAUAGUCUUUUCUGACCCCUAACUUUGUGAUGCUACAGAGGGCCACCAGAACAUCCAGAAUAGAGUUUUUGUCUGCAUUUUAGAUUAAGAACCAUUCUUAUUUUUUGUGAGCCAACCAGAGAUCUCUGACUGCAGCUCAGAAGAAACAAAGGGAAUGGGUAAUGUAAAAGUCUUGAUCAAUAUUCUCAUUCUGGUCAAUUAUCCUGCAAAUUCUACCAGGCAAUGAGGGUAAAUGGGGUGCCCAUAACCCGGAGCUUUUAUUUAUGGGAAAACAAAACCAAGGGAUUAUCUACUCCCCUAAACAGUUAUUUCUCUUCUAACGCCAAAUGAGAUUCAAUUUCUUUCAUCAGGGUGAAACAGCUCCAGCUACAACAUUGUUUUCAGAAUGAGAUUAUCAACUCCAAGCAGUCAUGCAACUGGAGCCAUGGAUGAUGACUCCCUUUUUACCAGGGACCCUUAGGCCUCUGAGACAUAUCUGACUGCUGUUUUCCCCAAAACAGCACCUUCUGUCAGAAUGAAGCAGUUAAGAGUGAUCAUCAUUCCUAUCCUAACAGCAGUUAGGUGUACCUCUUCAGAAGGGAAUUGGUGGCAGUGGCAGCCCACCUGGAGCAGCCACUGUGAAGACACUGGCUACAGCAGGGAGGCAUGGGCAGGGCUGUGUGCUCCACAAAGCCACUUCCUGGCAUAGCUUGUUUUAUGGACCAUCUUGACGAAUAAUUAAUUACAAGUAAGUGGGGGUUUAGAAGGUGAAAGAAAAACUUGCUUAAAAUGAUGCAAAACUAUAUCUGCCUGAGAAAAGCUAAAUUGUUUAAUUUGGAUGAGGAGUUGUAGGAAGACACAGGCUUCCCUCCAUUUUGGCCAAUUCCCUGCCCUCUUCCUGCCCUCCAGCUUCCCAUCAGAACCAAUUAGAACCAGGCAGUCACCAGUCCAUAAAAAAUGGGAUUCCAGGCAGGGCCAAGCAGGAAUACAAACUGAAGGAAUUAGAGGCCAAUGUUAGUCAUUCCUUUUACUUUUCCUUCAGCCACCAGAGUUUAGUCCAGGUAUGGCCAGGGUUCUCUCUUAGGCUUUCUGUUUGUACCCUCUCUUAAUUCUAAGUUCAUUAACCAGUCCAAGCUUCUGCCUGUUACGUGGCAUCCCAUUUUCUCUGGACUAGGCUACUCCCUUGCUCUAAUUUGUUCUCUGUAUGUUUUGUCAUUGUACCAUUUCAGCACGUACAAAAGUUUCCUCUAUAUUCAUUAAAAUUAUCCACUCACAAUCCCAUCUUAUAUGCUAUUUCAGAUAGAAGAAGACUUACUGAAAGAAACCCACAGAAUUCCAAGUAUAUUAUAUCUGCCCGUAGCUUUAGGAAAAUAUAGCUACUGCUCUUCCAGUUUAUUGAUUGUCUGCCUAUCAUUGGUUUCUACUAAGAAGUAAAUGUGUUGGGUAGUUGUGAGAAGGGAUGUGUCUUUCGCUCUUCCCUCUUUUUCUCCUUGAAUAUUCAGAAACUAUUUCCUUUUCUGACUCAGAGGAGCAAGAAAUCAACUGGGAUAAUGGAGUGGGCAAAGGAGUAACAAGAAAAAAAUCUAUUUCUCCAGCUUGCUUUACAAUCAGCAGUUUUAACAGAUCUUUAAUAUCUUAUAAUAUACUAUUCCAAGAGAAAGAACUUGCAGUUUAAGGAAAUGUUUUGAAAAAUGAAUGGUAUAAUCUCUCCAUGUUUUAUACAUCCCAAAUUAUCAUGUUUGACUACUAUAAAGACUAUUAUAUUCAAUAUUUUUGGUUUAUUUGUCAGCAAGACUAAGGUCUUUAUGUUUUUCUUAUCCCAGAGAAAUGCAAGUGGGAUGUCAAAGUCAUAUUUCUGUUCAUUCAUAUUCAUAUUUAACAAGCUUAACAUGUUGUGCAGUGUGGUAGUUUGGUUUCACAAACAUGAGACUAGUUCCAUUUAAUAUAUACAGUAACAUUUUGAGAAUUAAUAUUUCUCUUUUAUAAUGCCUUGAGCAUCACACAGUUAGCAAAUAGCAUGCAGGAUUAUAACAGAGGUCAGUCUGACUCAAUCCAUUACACUACUUUCUCAAGGUGUCUGUGGGUUAUCAUAUGGAUCAUGAGGGUAUCAAAUUUCGAGCCUUUCUAGUACGGGAUUCUGGAAGUCAAUAAGAGUAGAUUCUAGGAUGUAGUUAAGAUUAAACAAGUUGGGCAGGCAGUUACUAUGACUCAGCAGACUUGCAGGGUUUAGGACCUAGCAGUUCAGAAUCAGCUAAAAUAGUCCCACAGAGCAGACUGAACACAAAGCUUUGUUAUUGUUCAUUUUUGUUUGUUUGUUUUAUUUUGUUAUGUAUGAGCCUUGAUGCCUAAACCUGUUGUCAGCAAUAUUUUCAGAAAGGGCUUAGAAUAUGCUCGACUGUGGUGCUACGUGAAACGGUGUCUGGAACAAAGUCGGACUGGCUCAAGACAAGGAACAGUGCUGGAGAGUCAUUCUCAGGAAUUUAGGAAGAGAGACCACAGCAGAAGCAGUGGCCACACAUGGGACACCAGAAAGGUGUGAUGGAGCCUGCAUUUUCCUCUUUAUCUGGAUACUUUGUGGCUGUUCUUCUCUUACAGAUAACAGUACUCACCUCAGAGCAGUUCACUGUGAGUAGCUCUAGGAGUCACCAUGUGGUCAUGGUCGGCAGCCAGGCUGAGCUCAGCUGCCGACUGUCCCCACCACAGAAUGCACAGCUCAUGCAGGUGGGCUGGUUUCGGGAUCGCCAUUCCCAAAUGAUUUACCUGUAUGAAGAUGGGGAAGAACACUCUGGAGAAGGCAUUCAGAACUACAUGAAUCGCACAGUGUUCCUGAAGGAUGCACUAGAAGAAGGCAAAAUUACCCUACAAAUUUACAACGUCACUGUUUUUGAUGGUGGGCAGUAUCACUGCUUCUUUAAAGAUGGCCACACCUAUGAAGAAGGCAUCGUGGAUCUGAGGGUGGCAGCUGUAGGCUUGGAUGUGCAGAUUAAUGUUCAGGUUCUCGACACAGAGGGGUUUGUGGUGGAGUGUACCUCAGGAGGAUGGUUCCCACAAGCCCAGAUGGCAUGGAGAGACAGCAGUGGGAAUGUAAUUCCACAUUUAUCAAAAUCUUACUCUCAGGAUGGAGCUGGAUUAUUACGUUUGAAGAUGACUAUUCUUCUAAAAAAUAGCACCCAUGGUCCUGUAACUUGCUGCUUUUACAACCCAGUCACUGGUCAAGAGAAAAGGGCAGGUAUUGUCAUAUCAGAUAUCCUGUUCAAAUCAGAAUAUAUGUCAUUGAUGUCACAUAAAAUUUCAUAUCCUUGGAUAUAUUUGAGCAUUGUGGUUGCUCUUCUGUUUCUCAGAAUAAAAGUGUCUACCUUUCCUGAUGUAUAUUGGCAUUUUGCCUAUCUAUUUACAAUUCAGGAAAAGAGGUAA